GACGGGAGCACCGGGAGCGGCCCCGGCCCUGUCCCGGUCCCGGUGCUGGGCCCGGCCCGGUAUGCGCCCGGGGACAUGGCCAGGCGGAGCCCGCCCCGCAACGGCGUCGGCGGCCACGACUUCGACGCGAAGAAGAAGAGAAAAGUGGCGGAGAUCUACCAGGCUCUGAACAGCGACCCCAUCGACGUGGCCGCGCUCAGGCGCAUGGCCAUCAGCGAAGGGGGGCUCCUGACGGACGAGAUUCGCUGCAAAGUCUGGCCGAAGCUGCUGAGCGUCAACACGGACGACCUGCCCCCCCUCCCAGCAGGAAAGGAGCUGCGGGAGGACAACAAAGAUUACCAGCAGGUGUUACUGGACGUGCGGCGCUCCCUGCGCCGCUUCCCCCCAGGGAUGCCGGAUGAGCAGAGGGAAGGGCUGCAGGAGGAGCUCAUUGAUAUCAUCCUCCACGUCCUCAAGCGCAACCCCCAGCUGCACUACUACCAGGGCUACCACGACAUCGUGGUCACCUUCCUCCUGGUGGUCGGCGACAGGCUGGCCACGGCUCUGGUGGAGAAGCUCUCCACGCACCACCUCAGGGAUUUUAUGGACCCGACGAUGGACAACACCAAGCACAUCUUGAACUACCUGAUGCCCAUCAUAGACCAGGUGAACCCCGAGGUGCACGACUUCAUGCAGAGUGCCGAAGUGGGAACCAUCUUUGCGCUCAGCUGGCUGAUCACCUGGUUCGGGCACGUUCUGUCCGACUUCAGGCACGUCGUGCGAUUAUACGACUUCUUCCUGGCCUGCCACCCCCUGAUGCCCAUUUAUUUUGCUGCUGUGAUCGUGCUGUACCGGGAGCAAGAAGUUCUGGACUGCGAGUGCGACAUGGCCUCUGUCCACCACCUCCUGUCCCAGAUCCCACAGGACCUUCCUUACGAGACUCUGAUCAGCAGAGCUGGGGACCUUUUUGUCCAGUUUCCUCCCUCUGAGCUUGCCAGGGAGGCGGCGCAGCAGCAGGCUGAACGCACCGCGGCUUCCACUUUUAAGGACUUUGAGUUGGCGUCAGUGCAGCAGAGACCGGACACUGUGUUGAGGCAGCGCUUCAGGGAGCGGCUCCGAGGGGAGGAGCGGACAAAAUCCAUCUUGACCAAGCCCAGGACCAACCGCUUCGUCAAGCUGGCGGUGAUGGGGCUGACGGUCGCGCUGGGAGCAGCCGCCCUGGCCGUGGUGAAGAGCGCGCUGGAGUGGGCGCCCAAGUUUGAACUGCAGAUCUUCCCCUGAGGCCGGGGGACGUGGCCCUUUCCCCGUCUCCGCAUCCCUCACCAAUACGGGAUGACGCUUGCUGAAAGGACGUGUCUGGAAGCGACCUACCUGAAGUUUUCUAUUCUCGGCCUUUGCGAGAGACUGGUGGGAAGCAGCCCGGGAGGGUCGCUCCCCGCGCCCACGCUCACCUCGUCCCCUCCUCCCCGCGCAGGUGGCUACGAGUGGGG